GCAGGACAGACUGACUCCUCAUCAGAGAGACCGAGUCCAGACUGAAGAUGAAGCUCUGUGGCUGUUUGCUGGUUUCCUGUCUGCUGUUCAUCACUGUGCUGCACUGCAGAGGACGGCCUGCCCAGCAUGUAGACCGGUCCGGUUCGAGGUCCUCGGCGGGUCUUCGGCCUCGUUCCGAAGGGAUGAAGACAGGGGAGGAGCUAACAGCGAAGAUGCUCAGAUUGGACGACCUGGUGAGGAAGGAGAAUGACAUCAUGGAGCCAAAGAGGAAGAGGAGUUUCCCUGGCAACAACGCCCCGCUGGACCGUCUCUCGAUCAGCUUCAUGGAAACCAAACAGGGGACAAACAAGCAGAGCAAAGUUGUCGAGUUGCCACGGCGACGAGUCAACCCACCUCCCAUCGACAGGAUUGGAAUGACCCGGCUACCGAACGGUCGAGGAUAGGCCACGCCCCCUCCCUCUGACGGCCCGCUCCCUCUGUACAGCCCCCUCCUCUGGACAGGAGUCGACAGAUGCA